AUGGUCAUCGUCACUGUCAUCAUCACUGUCAUCGUCAUUGCCAUCGUCAUUGCCAUCGUCUCUGCCAUCGUCAUUGCCAUCGUCACUGUCAUUGUCACUGUCAUCGUCACUGCCAUCGUCAUUGCCAUCGUCACUGCCAUCGUCACUGCCAUCGUCACUGUCAUCGUCACUGUCAUCGUCAUUGCCAUCAUCACUGUCAUCGUCACUGUCAUCGUCACUGCCAUCGUCACUGCCAUCAUCACUGUCAUCGUCAUUGCCAUCGUCACUGUCAUCGUCACUGUCAUCGUCAUUGCCAUCAUCACUGUCAUCGUCACUGUCAUCGUCAUUGCCAUCAUCCCUGUCAUCGUCGCUGCUAUCACAACCCGACGCUCACUUUGGGCCAAGCACCGGGACUGCAGCUUUACAUACAUCUUCUCAUUUACUCAGAACAGCUCCUGGAGACCCAUCAGAAACGACCUGGAUAGGGCUUGGACCUAUGAGUGCGCAGCUCGACUUACAACCAUCAACAGCCCGGGAGGACCCCGGCGGGCUCCCGGAGUCCGCUGCCACCGGACAGCCCGCGCCCACGCCUCCUCUCCCUGGGGGCCGUCCUGCCACCCCGACGGGAUGCCCGCAGCCAUGCUCCCCUACGCUUGCGUCCUGGUGCUUUUGGGAGCCUCCCCGGCCAAAACCUGCCUCACCUCCAGGCUCUUCCUGGGCCCUGUGUGGGCCCACACUGCAGAGGCAGCCGGGAUGGCAGAGGGUAGCCGCCUGCGCUGGGGACCACAUUGCCAGCAGCUCCUGCCCAGCAGAGCGCCCGUCACCGCACUGCUGCCCCCACGCCUGGACGGGCCCUGGAUCUCCACUGGCUGCGAGGUGCGCCCGGGACCCGAGUUCCUCACCCGCUCCUACACCUUCUAUCCCAACCGCCUCUUCCGCGCCUACCAGUUCUACUACAGGGACCCCUCGUGCCGGGAGCCCGCCCACUCACUGCUCAUCAAGGGCAAGGUGCGCCUGCGCCGGGCCUCCUGGGUCACCCGGGGCGCCACCGAGGCCGACUACCACCUGCACAAGGUGGGCGUCGUCUUCCACAGCCGCAGCGCCCUGCUCGACGUGGCUGGGCGCCUGGACCAGAGCCGGGCCGGCCGGACCUGCGCGCACCGCCUGCCUGCCGCCCGGGCCUGGCUGCCGGGGGCCCUGUACGAGCUUCUGGGUGCCGGGGCUGAGCGGGACUGCGCGGCCGCCCUGGGCUUCACCAUGCACGAGCUCAGCCUGGUCCGUGUGCAGCGCCGCCUGCAGCCCGAGCCCCGGGACGCGCCCCGGCUGGUGGAGGAGCUCUACCUGGGGGACAUUCACACCGACCGGGCGGAGCGGCGGCACUACCGGCCCACCGGUUACCAGCGCCCGCUGCAGAGCGCCCUGCACCACGCCCGCCCCUGCCCGGCCUGCAGCCUCAUCGCCCGCUCCGACGAGCACCACCCGCCCGUGCUGCCCCGCCAGGCGGCCCUGCCCCUGCGCCUGGGCGGCCGCUGGGUCAGCCCCGAGUGCGAGGUGCGCCCUGCCGUGCUCUUCCUCACCAGGGUCUUCACCUUCCAUGGGCACAACCGCUCCUGGGAAGGGUAUUACCACCACUUCUCGGACCCCACCUGCCGGCAGCCCACCUUCACCGUUUACGCAGCCGGCCGCUACACCAAGGGCACGCCGUCUGCCAGGGUUCGUGGCGGCACCGAGCUGGUGUUCCAGGUCACGCGAGCCCGUGUCACCCCCAUGGACCGGGUCACCACGGCCAUGCUCAACUUCUCCGAGCCGAGCAGCUGUGGCGGCCCGGGGGCCUGGUACCUGGGAGCCGAGCGGGAUGUCACCGCCACCAACGGGUGCCUGCCGCUGGGCAUCCGGCUCCCCCACGUGGAGUACGAGCUCUUCAAGAUGGAGGAGGGCCCCCUCGGGCAAAGCCUGCUCUUCAUCGGACAAAGGCCCACUGACGGCUCCAGUCCCGACACCCCGGAGAAGAGGCCCACAUCCUACCAAGCACCCCUGGUGCUCUGUGACAGGGUGGCCUGGGGCUUCUCCAGGCCUCCGCAGCACAGGCCUCUGCUGCAGACGCCCGUCAGCGGUGGGGGGCUGGGCCCCCCAGCGGCCCCUCUCCCCUUCCUGCUUCUGGUUCUCGGGCUGGCCUUCCUCCAGUGGCUAUGAAAUUGGUCUCUGACUUCCAGACGGUGCCUCAGGACACUCGUCCGACCCCAUGGACUCCCUUCUGGCACAGACUCCUCCACCCGUGACCGUCCUGGACGGUUACACAGCCCGGCCUGCAUCCUA